ACAACCUGGCACCGCUGGGCACUGUCACGGAUCGACGCGGCAGCAGUGGGCCACACGGGGAGGCGGCGCGUCGUCGCGUGUUUGACAAGACAUUAAUUCCCCCAGGCCAGCAUGAUGAGUGGAUGGCCAAGGCAGUGGGCGGCGGACAAGGGUGAAAGUCCCUGCACACUGUGGGAGGCCCUCACCCACUGGGCUGACCCCGCUGACCCCUGUGCUGCCAGCCAGAGGGUCAUGCAGGACUUUGUGUCGUGCCAAGUGUUCCCCGCCUGGACACAGGGGGGUGGACAGGUGCUGCUGGGACAACUGGAACAGGCCGUAGCAUCCAUGUCUCCCGGAAUAACAAGCAUUCUGGAGCUGCUGAAGGAGUACGCCAGGCACUGUCACCCACUGGACGAGGACGAGGAGGAGGACAAACACCAACAUCCUCAGCAGCACACCCACGCCCAGAGGGUGGCCACCACUGUGAAGGCCUACGCCCUGCUCUGUGCCUUCCCCUCCAGAGUGCUGUUGGAGGAGGAGGGUGCUGGGGGGGGCGGGGCAGGAGCAGGGGGAGGGUUUGACUGCUCUGCGUUUGUGAAGGGACUCACCUACCUGUUCAAUCUUCUCCUCAGCUACCGUCGGAAGGCAGUCGUGGCACAGGCCGGGCUGCUGGUGGUGUCACAACUGCAGGUGGUGGUGGACAAGGGCAACUUUGGCGGUGAUGACAACAACGGUAAUGGACAGCAGAGGGGGCGGUAUGCUAUGAACCACCGCCACUCCGUCCUCAAGGAUCUCAACGAACUCCUUAGCAACCUCAGUGUUGGGGUGCGCACGGGACUCAGGCGACAGUGUUCCACCCUCUUCACACAUCUGCCGGGGCUGUUGAAGGAGGCUGGGGACUAUGACACCCAGGCCAGCAUUGUGGAGCUCAUGUACCGCCUCACCACCUCAACCGAGCGGAGCCACAGCGUCACACAGUGGUUCCCCGAGCUGGAGUGUACCGUACACUGCCUCUUCCUCACCAUAUCAGAGUUUGACCCGCACUGCCGGCGCUUCCUGAACGCCUACAACAGCACGCUGGGGGACAGCCGCCAGGUGUUCACCGUGCCCUGCAACGCCAUGCACAUUGGCAAGCUCAAGCUGUGCAAGCCCAAGAAUGUGAGUUACCCGAGGUUUUGGAUUGACUUCAACCUGGGCACCUCCUCCAUCCUGAUCCUGUGCCAGGUGGAGAGCACGGCCCAGCCCUCCGACCCGUGGGAGUGCCUGGCCAUCGGGUGCGAGGAGGUGGCGGGGGUGAGCCUGACCCUGCGCAUGCACUCCUACACCCUGGAGCUGGAGUACGAUGACUUCAACAAGGUGGAGGACCUCUUCUCCUCGCCCCUCAACAGCGACAGCCACGCCCUGCUCUCCACGGUGGUGUUCUUUGAGUUUCCGCCGCAGCCACUCCUGGAAAGGCUCUGUGUCCACCUCUUCGGGGAUAAACUGACUGUCAACAAAUUGGAACCGAAAGGGUGGCGAGGGAGCGUGAAUUCAUCCAAGACCGUCAGCACCUCCUCCUCCUCCUGCCUGGGCCGGAAGUACUCAAGUGCUGUGACUGGUGUGGAACCCGACCCCAGCGACCCCCACGCCCCUUCCCAGGAGAAUGGCCUUUCCGACCCCAUCCCAUCCUCCCAGGUCACCCAGUCCAGCACAGCGUCAUCCAGGAGGCAGAGGAAAGGCUCCGCCGUGGCCAUGAUGUGCGACUUGGAUGAUGAGAUGAUUGAGCAAGGUGAGGCACUUCUCCAGCAGCUCUGGUCUUGUGAGGUCACGGUACACCGUCCUGAUGAGGCUGAGGUUGUCGUAUGA